CGCGUUUUUUCACUCUCCCUUCUCCUCUGCACUCUUUUUUCCCCUCUUCAUUUUCUCACUUCUUCUUCUUUGCUUUGCAUCGGUUCUUAAUCGACCAAAGCUUCAAUACUCCUCUCUCUCUCUCUCUCUCUCUCUCUCCAUGGACCCCACCUCAUCCCGCUUCUGCAAGAACUGCAGGGAGCCGUCCAUCAUCGUCGACCCAAUCUCCAACGCACGUGUCUGCACAUCUUGCGGCUGCGAGCAGUCCUUCGACAACUUCCAAACCCAAGCCCCCCGCUUCGCUGAUGGCCCUCAAGGCACUUUCGUCCACAUCGGCGAAUUCAACUACAAAGAGAGGAAACGCUUCGACGCCCGAAACCAGAUCGAUGACAUAUCAUCAUCCCUCAGCCUAUCAGCCCAGCGCACCUCUGAGGUAACAACCAUGAUUGAACAGAUCACCGAUGGCGAGUAUGGCAUGGGCCGCUGGUUCGAGGUCCUGAUCGCCGCAUGCGCCCAUGUCAUCACUCGCAAGAACAACCUCCCACUCUCCAUCUCCGAGAUUGCAUCCAUUACCGGCUAUGAUGUCCACGAGAUUGGACGCAUGGUGGGCCGCGUCACUGAAUUCAUGGACCUCAAGCUGCCUGAUUUCAAUGUCGUGAUGGCUUUGGAUCGGGCCAUAAGGAAUUGCCACUGUUUCUCAGGCAUCCAGGAGGAAAAACAGGAUGAGAUGGCUAAGCAGGGACGGUUCAUCCUGCAGUGCUGCGUGAAGUGGUUCUUGACGACAGGCCGGCAGCCACUCCCAAUGGUCGCUGCUGUUCUGGCUUUCGUCUCGGAGGUGAAUGUGGCAGGGCCCACGAUCGAUGAUAUAGCGAAGGACAUCCAUGCAGGGGUAGCCACGAGUAGGCGGCGGUAUAAAGAGUUGAAGGAGACACUCGUAAAAGUCGCACAGGCGUUGCCAUGGGGGAAGGACGUCACAGUAAAAAAUCUUGUUAGGAAUGCACCUUUGAUCCUUCAAUAUAUGUCGAUGAAAUCGAAGGAAAAGCCUUUGGAUUCCAAGCUGACCAUGCUUGAUUUGCAGGAAGUAGCAAGUGAGUGCAUGAAAAAGGAAAUUGAAUACGCUGUGGAUGGCAAUACUGUAGGAAAGGUAGAGGAUCGGAAUGGGGCGGCGGGUGCAAGCUCUGAUGAUUUGGAGAAGCUUAAGCUUUCUGAGGAUUGCUUGUGGAGGACUCACACAGAUUUUCUAAAUGGGUUGGAUUCUUUUAAAUUGUCGGGUGGAGAGGUCAGGGCAGAAUGCAGGAAUAAGAGAAAGAGAGGAAGUGGGAUUGUGGGGUGGAAUGAGUGGGUGGUAAAAUUGGAUUCAAAUAAAAGGCUUUCACUUGAGCAAAUACUUGAGAAAAAUGUUGGCUUUGAUGCUCUUCCUCCAUCUUUUGUGGCUGGUACGGAGGCAUGUAGGAGAAGGAGAGAAAAGAUAAAUGCUGCAAAGCUUCGAAUCGAUGAGAUUAGGAAGCCAACAACCAAUGGGUCAGUUGUGGAGAAGCAUAGAAUCCUUAAGAAACAACUGCAAACUACGAAAGAAUGUCAAAAUGGAGCAGAAAGAUGCAAUAUUGAUUCGGAAGAUUGUAUAAUUGAACUCUUACUCCUCCAUCAGGUGAAAGAGGAGGAAAUAGAGCAAGGAAAUUAUAAUAGGUUGCUCGACCUCCAUGUCUUCAACUCCUCGAGCCCCCACAAGGCAUUUGCACUUUGAAGAUGAACUCAGUAAUCGUUAUGAUUUAUGAUGCAUUAUAAUCGACAUAGAGGCUUCGAGAGACAUUUCAUGACA